UGUGUGUGUGUGUGUUUGGUUGGCUGGAGGAGUUACCACCGAAGCUCCUGCAGACAGAGACAUUUUCUGAUCCUGCGGGCUUCCCAUAAUCUGUCAAAUUAGACCAUCCUGCCGCCUUGUGGAUGUGACGGACCACCUCUGCACUCCCGCGUCUCAAUCAGAUUUAACCUCGCUUUCUUUUCUUUAUAUUUUUUUAUUUAUUUAAAUCUCAUAAAAACGCCGUUCCUUCCCUCCUCUUCGCUGGAAUGACAGCGGACCUGGCUGAGCGCUGUCCGCGGUGCUGAAACACCGUCUCCGGCUGACAUUUGACGCAAACUGAGCGGAGGACAGGUGGCAGAGAGGGGCGAACUACCUGUUAGCUUCUCCGGGCUGCGGGAUUGUGAAGGCAGCGCUGCGCGUUUGAGACCCGGGCGGAGAGGUGGGGUGGGGGGGGUUUAAGAAAUGUCCGUUCAUUUUCACCCAGCAGAGGCUCAUUUGAAUUCGCAGCUGCAUACCUACUGACCUACUUUGUGCAAGUUGGAAAUAAAAGCUGUGCAGAUUCUAAAAAUCGCCCCCUGCCUUACAAGAAGAUGAAGAUGAAGGGUGAUGAGGAAACAGCGGUGACCCUGUGGGGAAACCUCCAGUAAAUCGCAGGAGGGUUGAAGGAGGGAUAAAAGAAGAGCAGGAGGUGCUGAAGAGCCAGAGGUGUGUGCGCAGAGACAGAGGAGGUUAUGACCGCGUCUCCUCACCUGGACCUCGGGCUGCUGCUGCUGCCGCUUCUGGCCUGCUGGCAAACAAUGGUCGGAGCAACUGUGCCAGCAGCCCCAGUGAAUGUAUCGGUGACCCAGCUGAGGGCGCACUCGGCCAUGGUGACCUGGAACGUCCCUCAGGGAGAUACUGUGAUUGGAUACGCCAUCUCACAGCAGAGGCAGGACGGCCUGAUGCAGCGCUCCAUCCGAGAGGUGAACACGUCCAGCCGCUGGUGCGUGCUGUGGGACCUGGACGAGGACACGCACUACAGUGUCCAGGUGCAGUCCGUCGGCCCUCACGGUGACAGCCAACCCAGCCGUGCCGUCCACUUCAGGACUCUGGAGAGAAGUGACCAUUAUCCAGCCGGAGUCCUGGACCACCAUGAACCGGCGAUGGAAGGUCUGGGUAUGACGCCACACCUGCAGACAGGAGAGCUGCUCAUUAUCACCACCGUGCUGCUGCUGUGGGCAGCCGUCAUCGCCCUGUUCUGCCGACAGUAUGACAUCAUCAAAGACAACGACUCCAAUGGCACCAAGGAGAAAGCCAAGAGGCCGCUGGUCCGCGCCACUUCCUCCUACUACAACCCUUCAGCCGGCAGCUCACCCAUCUACCACAACGGAGCCGUUCGCAGCAGCAGGCUCCACAGAGCCUCCUCCUCCAUCAGCAUCAUUAGGGUCUGAGAGUGGAUGUUACUUGAAAAACUCACUGUGCUGUACGGCAGCGACGGGACGGGUGGAGCUGACGAUGUGCAACAGCGGGCGGCGUUUGCCGGAGGAACUUCAGUGGGAUUAUCAUGAGGAACAGAGAAUUGAUAGACCUGCUGGGUGAGAGUCUAAUUUAUUGUAAAAUAUGGGCAAAGUGAGAAGCACUCCAUGCAAAUGAAAUUCAAAUGAAACUGAGGAGUCAUGCUGUGAAUGAAGUGGAUGACUACUGCGCUCUAGUGGCAGAAGACGGCAGCAUUAAAACAUCAUGGAAACAGCUGUACACUGGCCUCCUGUGGCAUCAUACCAUUCGUACCAUUGCAGCGUAUUUUCAACUCAUUUCCUGUUGUAUAAAAAAGUUUUCCUCUCUCUGAUGUCAAAGACUAAAUGUGAAUAUUUGCCAGCAUGUCGAACACGUCCUGUCCUCCUCAAACUAAUUGAUUUUCCAACACGUGCGCAUUCGACUACUAUAUUACUAUGUGAUUUAUACAUUUUUUUAAUCCAUAAUCAAUAAUUACUAACAUCAGAACGAGUGUAUUAUAUGUAAUUAGAAUAUGUACAUAGAUUGAAGGCAGGUGAACUGAAGUUAAAAGAAAUCAAAGUAUAAUUUAAACAAAUCUUUGAAUGUAUGUGACGAUAACGUCGGAGGCUGAAAACACACUGUAAACUUUCAUGCUUAUGUUUUUUCCCAUUAACUCAAAUAAGUUUGUUGAUUGUAUUCAGAACUGAACUUCUUGUGACUUAAAUGAAUGACAUUUAGUUGAUUCAUCACUUUAAAUUGUUUAGCAUACUUCCCUGCAAUCUGUUGUCGUGCGUUAAAAUUGCCCAGAGAAGCAACAGCUGCAGCAACUGGGUAGAAAAUCUAGUCAAUUUAAGAAAAUGUAGUAGGUAAGUGAGGUAAUCUUACAGCUAAAACCUUGGAUUGAUUUGGAUUAUGAGUAUGAUACGAGUUGUUGAUAUUUUGUGUAUAAGUUGCUCGGCAGCUUCUCGAAGGAUGACGACCUGUGUUUGUUUCUGUUGUAUUCAUUUGAUUUUUUUCACUGUGUAUCUGACCGGAUCAAGAGUCUGCUUAAAAUUUCUAAAUCUCUGUAUUCUCCAGUUUCAAUAAACAUGAAAUGCGGUU